AUGGCUGUCCCCAAAGCGAAGGGCUAUCGGCCGAGAUGCUUCUUUGAUGUUCAAAUAAAUGGAUCUCCAGGUAAGAAACGUUAAAUUCCUCGGAUUAAAUGUUUGCAUUGGCUGCUGUUUUUCAAAAUUUAAUUUAUGGAGUCACUUGGGAAGAGAAGCGGCUGAAAUUCAGGUUAUAACUCUCAAUGAUAUGGAAAUACUUAUAAGCUUAAGCUUAUACUAAGCUUAAUACAGCAGAAGUUUGUUUCUUUGAUUUUAAUCAAUUUUUAUAAUUUUAAACUUAAAUCAAUAUGGCUGUGCAGUAUUGGUUAUGAAUGCUUCCUUCUCUUGAUUAAUGAUUUGAGCCUGUGUGUUAACACUGGGAUAAUCUAAUCUUUUUUAUGGAUUAUUUUGCCCAAUUGAUUGAAAUCAAUAAGGUUUCCAAUGAGCAACCUCAGUCUGCUUGUAACAUAGAAAGAGAAGUAGGUGGGUACAAAAGAAGGCAGGUUUGAAAGAACCUCAAAUCUAAAACUCUUAAAUCUCGCUUGAUUUAAGAAUUAACUUUGCAUUCUUUGUAGCUGGCAGGAUUAUUUUUGAACUGUUUGCUGACAUCUGUCCUAAGACAUCUGACAACUUUAGAGCAUUGUGCACAGGUGGGGAAGUACGUAUUAAUGUAGAUACAUGUACUACUACUACCACUACCAACUAUUAUAUUAAUAUUAAUAUUAAUAGUAAAAAUGAUAAUGAUAAUAAUAAUAAUGUCAUUUUUCAUAUUACAUGUAAACGUUAGUGUUUUAGAGUUGAGAUUAGUUGAUGCGUGGUUGGCCAUAUACUCACUUGUAAGUGGGAUGGAGUCAUAAUAUUAAAUUCAUGGUCACUUCCUUUUUGUCUAUUUUACUAGUGCAUACAUACAUACACACAUACACACAUUUUAUUUGUUACACAUGUAUAUACAGUUUAUUUGUAUUUUAAGAUUGAAGCACUAUUGUAACAUACCCGGCCUUGGGUAGCUAUGCUAAUCUAGUGGGGUCCUGUUUUCAGGAAACAAAUACAACUAAAAGUAAUAAUAGUGUUCCAGAUAAGAGAGGGGUCUUGGGUCAAUGACCCAACAAAUAAGGCUUCCUGACCUGACAGAUGACAUACAAGUAUUAAGUUAAAUAACGAAAAAAAUAAGCAGGUGGUCUUGGUGACCCCUCAGAUUGUCUACAUGACCCCCCUGUUGAAAUAAUUAACUGGAACACUGAAUAAGAGGCCUAAAAAAAUGCCAGAAUUGACAUAAUGAUGAGAGACUCCUGAUAAACUUAUGCAAUAGUGCAUAGUGUUAUGAAAUUGCUGAACUCUUAAGGAAAUUAAUGGCUAUUUUUUAAGUGAUCAACGUGACAUUUCAUGGAAACUUUAGACAAGAUUUUUUGGAUUAACUUUGAACCUGUUUUUUAGGAGAAAAAGGUUUAAGCAGGACUUCUGGGAAGCCUCUUCACUAUAAAGGAUCAGGGUUCCAUCGAGUUAUCAAGGAUUUUAUGAUUCAAGGAGGAGACUUUACUAAAGGUAUUUUUAUUUUUAUAUCAAGAUGGUAAAAGAAAAGGCACACUUAAGCUAAAGGCUCAAAUGGCAGGAGCAGCGCCGGACAGAAUGCUAGUCCAAUGCAGGGUUACCCUCCAGCAGUAUGUCGCCAGUGCCCAUUUAUACACCUGGGUGAAGAGAGGCCAAGUGGAGUAAAGUUCCUUGUCUAAGAAAACAAUGCAAUGGGUGACUUUGAACCACAGACCUCCAGAUCCAGAGUUUGAGGUGUUAACUGCUCAACCACACAUAUCAAGAUGGCUCAAAUGGACUUUUCAGAGUUAGAGCCUUAACUAUUGUCAUUAGCAAAGAUACUGGAAAACAAUCUCCUUUAAUAGCUGUAUUGUUACCUAGGAAUUUGUUAUGACUGAUGUUAUUUUGACACAAGAGUUUUCAUCACAAUGUGUAAGUGGCUUGUAAGUGUGCCUAAGUGUAGUUUUUGCAAAAGAAGUUGCGGAUUGUUGCAAUGAAACCUUUUUUGAUGUAUAAACGGUAGGUUCUAUAUCUUUACUUACAUUGAUAAGAUCUUUUUGUGAGAGUUGCGAGGAAGAGGUUUUGUAACAAGAACAGCAGUUUUUCACAGAGUUUUUAAAAGCUUCUGACUAUUAACACCUGAUGCAAGGUGCUUGUUACUUUUCAUGUGCGUAUCAGAUAUUUUUUUGAUCUGUAAAACAUGUACUACAUCAGUCUUCUAGGUAACACUAAGCAAACUUUUCCCUUGGUUUCUCACUGGACGUGUGUCAAUAAUGUUUUGCCAAAAAUUGCCGCUUCAAUGAUUCUGGCACUACGCGAUUCUAGUAGCGUGAUGAUAAUCACGUAGUGUGCAACAAGAUUCUCAUUGUGUAGGAAAUGAGACAUGACUGGUAACUUACUUUUGAGUGGCACUGUAUGUCAUGUGCUGUACAAAUCAUUCUUUGCAAACCUUUGAUCAAUUAGAGCAUGCAUUUAAAAUUUGUUACGUGAGGAAAUAAAUGAUAUUUUUCUAUUAAUUUGUCUAUCACAGGAAAUGGUACUGGAGGAGAGUCCAUUUAUGGUGGCACGUUUAAUGGUAUGUAGCUUCACAGUAUUAAUCUCAAUAACACGACGUGCACUUAGAGUCAUAUUUAGUUGCAAAAAUUGCUGAGGAUUGAGUAUAGUAAACCUCUAAUAUCUGAAUUGACUUUGUGUUAUAGUCAAACAGGAAUUUUAUCAGUAGUUUGUCAGGCCUCGUUGUAAACAUAAAAUUGAGUUGACUACAGUGAAACCCUGAUAUAACAAAGAGCCAAGGGACUGGUGAAAUAUGUUAAUGUCUCUGCUCCUUUAUGAUGCAUGUUAAAUGCAAAGUAAUUUAAUUAUAAAACAAAUAAUGACAAGUUGGGAUUAAAUAGGGGAGCACUGCCUUGCGCUAGGUUAGCCUGUGCGACUUCCGCAAUGGCGUGACCAAAAAACCUCACGUAUCUCCUCAGCACUACGAACUGAAUGCAAUACAGCACGUGCUGGAUCGAACAAGAGUAUCUUUUGCAGGACAUAUUAAAUGGCAAUGCAGCCAACAAGCUUGGGGGAGUGGCUGUGCAGACUUAACCGUACCUCUCAGGAGUGUCCCUAGUUUAUUGAUCGCAUAGCACAAAACAAAGCCCAAACCUCGAUUGUCUCCAAAGGGAAGGAGGGAGGGAAAAAUUUUACAAGAAUAGUAUACUGAGCACUUAAACCUUGCUGAACAAUAGAACCCAAGUGAACUCUGAACAGUUGUUCUUGGCUUUUAUAACAAGACGAACAUCUGCUGGCAUAGCCAGUGGAAAAGGCUGUGCUACAAGACAGCUCAGCAUUGCAUGUGCAAAUUCUUAGCCAUAAAUAGUGCUUUGAAAAUACUGGCCAAUACUGUGGCUCGUAGUAGCCUACUUAAGACAACAAGGCUGUAAAAUUCUACGCUAGAAUACAAUGCAUCUUAGAGCUUGCUGAACUUGACAACUUGACUACACAACUGCUUUAUUGAAAAAGAACCGCAAUGAAAGGGUUGCUGACAACUAGCAUCACGUUCCAUCAACUACAUUUUACUGGUGUGACAGUGAAAUAUUUUUUGUUAUAACAAGGUUUCGUUGUAUCGAGGUUAUUUUCCAUAUAUUUUAUUAUUACUAUACUGGGGUUAAAAGAAAAUCGUUCAUUAUAUUGAGGACUUUGUUAUAUCAAGGUUCUACUGUUCUGCAAUGACUCUUAUCUCAGGGCUGUCGCUAAAAUUUCAAGUUGCUGGGUAAAUGCAGUUAGUAGGAGGGGAAUUGUACUGAGCUAGGAAUUAGUUCUUUUGGUUCUGUUUUCUUUUUGUUUCCUAUAAGAGAAGCCAGGGCUCACGCUCGUAGUACCCAGGUAAAAUCCCGACCACUGGUUCGUAGUGACAGCCCUGUAUCUUCCAGUGAACUUACACCUUAUGCAAAUCUGUGUCUCACAAUUAUUAUCUUUUACACAAGAUGUUCUCAGGUUUUGAUUGGUUUAUAUUAAUCUGUCAGCCAAUAAUUCAGCUUGCUUAUGAUGUGGAGAAUGAAACAAUGUUAUGCAAUAUUGGAUUAUGUAUUAACAUUACAGAUCUCAGCAUUAUGACACUCUCAUUGAUCUUCAUUUUACUAUAAUAGUAAAAGGGCUUAAUUUGCUUAUCAAUAAUAAGCAAAUUACACCCUUUUUCAGGAAACCCUUAUUUUAUUAUUAAUAUUAUAAAGCUGAUCUAAUGGGAUGUAUAUUUUUAACUGCUUAUCUAAAUAAUAUAUGAAAAUAAUUAUUUUUUUUUGUUAACUGGGGUUGAAACUUAUGAGAAAUACAAGCAUGUAAUUGUGAUAACUGCAGUGAUUUACUUGUCAUAUUAAGUUUUUCAUUUUUUUUGUUUUGCAUAUAACAGAUGAAGGAUUCCAUCUUAAGCAUGAGACAGCAAUGUUGUUGUCCAUGGCUAACAGAGGUCCAAACACUAAUGGUUCUCAGUUUUUUAUGUAAGUAUUUGAUCUUUUAAGAGAUGGAAACCACCCUAUAAUUUGAAACCAAGUAUAAAAUUCAACUGCUCCUGAUCACUCAAAGAUUGGAUAAAUGUAGUGCUAUCCAAUGUAUAAAUUAAUAAUCGCUAUGGAGUGGUUAGCGUGUCAUGAAAUCCAAUUGCCUUGCCCUCUGGAUAGUAAUUUACCUGAUGAAUAGCAUAUACCCACCUUCUGAGCAACUGGGCACUGUUAACUUAAUUACACUGGCAAAAAUGGUUCAGUUCUUUUUUAAUUUCCUGCUGUUGUCUAAUUUUCCCCUCCUUUAAUUCUCAAUUCCUUGCUUUUCUCAAGGCCCCAGGUUCAAGUGUAAAAGAGGGUUUAUGUACUUCAAUGUAUCAACUUGAUAAUAUUAAUCUCUAUCCAGUCGUUGAUCCAGUUGUUUUCCCUAAUAUUAAUACUUAUCCACUGGAUAUUAAUUUAUCUGCUAAAUAGCAACCUGAUCCAAGGAGUGAACAACUUGGGCCAGAUUUCAGGUCUUCCAAGGUAAAAUGGCAUCUCUGUGAUACGUUAAACAAUAUUGUAGUGUGAAUAAAGACAAAGUUUUAAUGUUUUAAGUUUUUAUAGUGUGUUUAUUUUGCUUUUCACAGAACAACUCAGCCUGCCCCACAUCUUGAUGGGUAAGUUUUCUUUUAACUUGAUUCAGCUGUUCUUACUGACAGAAAGGAAAUUUCUGUUAGCAUUAUGAUGUUAUUGCUACAGACAAGGCAGUGUUUCACAUGGUUUCAUUUUUUCAAUUUCAAUACACAAAUAUAAAAAAAGGGCAUCAAAUUUUUAUUCCUCAAACAUCUGAAUUUUUAAAAGAUCUCAAGAUAAAUGUAACAAACAAAAUGCAUAUUAACAUUAUUCCACAACAGAAUAAAAAUUACCAGUAAAACCAGUUAAUAAUUAAAUUUUGUUGUCAAUAAACCUAGGCUCUACAGUAGAAACAGUUGUUGUUAUUAAAUCUUAAUCGUUUUUAUAUGAUUUGAAUUUUCUAUGGGUAUUAAAUUAAAAUUUUUUGCGUGUUUUUGUUUUGUGAGGAUAUUAAUUCCCAAAACAAAUUUCGUGAAAUAAAAAAAAAAUGUGAAAUUAGGUAAUGGCGUUGUACAUGACUUGUACACAUAAUGCAUUUUUGUUUGUUACCACUCAAAAGCAAGUCACAGAUCAAUGAUUACCCACACUUCAACAAUGUUGCUCUUGCUUAUAUUGUGGUAUAUUUAUUUUAUUUGUAGGAUUCAUGUGAUAUUUGGCCAAGUAUUGCAAGGUCAGGAAAUAGUAUCAGAGAUAGAGAUUCAAAGAGUUGAUGACAAGAGUAGGCCCCUAGUGGAUGUAAAGAUUAUCAACUGUGGUGAACUUAUUCCAAAAGCAAAGGCUAAAGGUACACGAUAUGUUUCCAUUGACUAAAUUUAUGUACAGAACUGUGCUCUAGCAGCAGUGUUGCCCGCUGACCCCUGGCAUCAUACUUUUGCUCUUGGGUGAUGUCUUACUGUUAUUUGUUAACUUUCAACUGCAGAGAAGAAAGCUGAAAAGAAAAGAAGGAAAUCUAAGCGACAUUCUGACAGCAGCUCCUCAGAUACUGACUCUUCAUCCAGUUCUGGAUCAGAAUCAGACAGUGAUCAGUCAUCAACUGAUGAGCGGGAGAAAAAGAAACGCAUAAAAAAGAAAAGGAGAAAAAAGAUGAGUGAAUCUGUAAAACGCAAGGACAAGAAGAAAGCAAAGAAGAAAAAGAAAGAGAUAAAAGACAGGUAAGUGGCUGUAACUACACCACAAAUACAUCAAUACACAAACAUUUAACAAAUACAUACAAAAAAUGCAAAUCUGGUAAAAAUGAAUACUGUGAAUAAAAUAAUUAAUGACUUAAUAAAAAACUGCAUAGACAUAUAAUUUCAAAAAUUAACAUUGUUCGCAAAAAGUACAGCAUUCAAUAAUUCAUUCAUUACACUCAAAUGACAACAUGUACUUGUAGAUAGAUUUGGUUGAGUAGCAAAAAGGACUGAUAAAGCCAUUGUGCCGAGUGCAGAGCAUAACCAUGGCAAUCAACAUGUUGAAUUCCAAACAAGUUGAGGAGUAAGGGCAAGUCAAAGAGGUUAGGGAGAAAGUAGCCUGUGUAGCAAGCGUUUUUGUGUGGUUUCAGAGCAAAGAAAGAUGGAGGAAUGACAUGGAAAAGGAUUUUUGGUUUUGGCCGCACCAAAAAUAGAACAAGAGCAAACUCUUGCUACGCAGGCUAGGGAGAAAGAAGGGAAAACAAUAUAUUAUUUUUUCUCCCCUCCCCCUUCUUACAACCUUUUUUUACCCUAUGACUAGUCCAAGAGUUGCUAUUUCUAUUCUCCCCUGUCUUUCUCAGUGGUCAAAGAUGGAAGCCAGGGCAAUGCAGACAAGCAUUUUUUGCUCACCUUAAAAAUUUGUCUGCAUUGCUGGCUCCCCUGAGAGUAUUUACACAUACCUCGCACUAACCCAGGGUUAUCUUAACCCAGCUUUGAACAAACCUGGCCAAGUAAGUGAUAAGCAAAGGAAUCUCUGGCUUCAUUUGAGGUCCCAUAUUACAUAAUAAUGUUGCUUUUACGCCCCCUUCCCUGUUAGUGAAAUAUUGACACUAAUAUCAGCAAUUAAUUUGAAUUCCAGUCCAGGAGAUGCUAAACCAAAGAGUCCUGAACCUUUUAGUUCAGUGGCUGUGGAUGAGAUCCCAGAUGUUCCCAAUAAUUCUUUUCUAUUGAGAAGAAGCCGCACCCCCUCCCCUGUCAGGGAAAAGAGGCUUCAGCAGGCAAAAAAAAAAAUAGGUAUGUUUCCUCUGAGGUACACCUGACCUUAAUCAUUUCUACGAGAGCUGGACUCAUUCCCUUUUCGGUGCAUAAUUAUCAUGAAUUAGGAAUUUUUGAGCAUGUAAGUCCGUACUAAAUUUGCAAUGAUAAAUUUUGCCCAAGGCAAAGCUGUUUCUUUGUUCAAAGCUGUGAGGCAUAUACUAAUAAAAUUAAUUGUGACAGACAAAAGUACUUUGGAAUGGCAAGACAACUAGAUUUCAUCCACGGACUCAAAACUAAGAACUGCAUUUCAUCCAACAUGCCCGAUUACACACUAAGGUAAUGGUACCAUGUGAAAGUACUACUGAUGGAAGAGGUUUCAUUUGAAUGGUCACACCAUAGGAUUUCAUCCACAGACUCAAAAAUUAAACUACAUAGUACCAUGUGAUAGUACUGCUGAAUUGAUUCUGAUGGCAAAUGGUUCAGAAAAAGUUGUUCAGAUGUUGAGAGAUAGAUGGCAGUAGUAUCUUCAAGUUGUUUAUAUUAUUUUCUGUUUUGCAUGACCACAGGAAAAGUAAGUCUCCUCCAGGGUAUAAAGCUCUGCCUCAAAGUAAUUCACAGGAAAGGACCAGGGUAUGUACACCUGCUGAAAUGAUAUUGUUUGGGAGAUCAGUAGACCUUAUUUCACUGUAUCCACCAUCUUUGCAUGCACUUCAGGGCUGAUUAAUCACGUGACAUUGCAUUUAUCCCAUCAACCCUUGAACGCGUGCAAAGAUGGUGGUUGUUGUGAAUAAGGUCUAUAUCUUCAACAGAACAUAUCCACAAUUAUUAAUAAAACAAUUACAUCCGAGUCUCUUGGUUCUUAAAAUGAACCUCGGAUUCUGUGGGUAACUAUUUUUCCUUCUUUUAACACAGUUAUAAAACUUUUUACCCUCUAUCAUCUAUCUCUGUCUGUUUUUCUUAUCGGCAGGUUUCCAGGUCGGGAAGGAUUCUACGAGGACGAGGAAAUAUGGUGAGGAAAUUCCCAGGGUAUUAGUUUAAACUUUCUCGCGAGAAAAACAAUACACCAGGAGAAAAGGAAAUAUCACAAAGUAAUGAAUCAUUUAGAAGCGGUCAGGAGACAAAACAAGGCAAAACACAUCUCUGAAAACCCACUACAGUGUACCCCCCUUCUUCCCUUCCUGGCCCCCCUAAGCAAAGAGCCUGGCCCGAGGCUACUCCAUCGGUUUGAAACAGAACUUAAUCACAUGAUUUUUAUUUUUCAGCGUUAUCGCACACCCCCGCCUUCUUCUUCGGAUGAAACGCGGAACAUUUCGCGCCGUUUUUCUCCACCUUCGGUGGCUCGGUCAAGGUCUCCACGCAGGCGUACAAGGUCUCGUGUGCGUCGUGCACGAUCACCAUUUAGACAGUCGAGGUCUUCUCGAAAACGCUCUAGAUCUCCCCGUUGACGCUCGAAUUCUCCUCGAAGACGCCCGAUGUCUUCUCGACGACGCUCGAAGUUUCCACAAAAACAAUCAAAUUCCUCUCAGAGACGCUCACUGUCACCUCAAAGACCCCCGGUGUCUUCUCGACGACGGUCGAAGUCCCCACGAAAACACUCAAUUUCUCCACAGAGAUGCUCGCCGUCUCCACGGAGACACUCGGGGUCUCCGCGACAACGCUCGAGGUCUCCUCGAAGACAUUCGAAGUCCCCACGAUCACAGUUACUUCAGAGAACAGAUAGCAAACAGCAUAUGA